UAAUGCAUUUAAUACAACAUGGCCAAUGCGUGGAAACAUGCCGCGAUCCUUGGAUAUGAUGGUUGUGGUCCUCUGUGUAAUUGGACUGGUUACGAUAUACAUGAGUAUAUCUUCUACUCUUUUUGACGAAAGAAUUCAGAGCCUUUCCAUCAACCAAGCGGUCAAAUACAGAGGACAUGCAGCUACCUCUUCAUUCAAACAUAUCCGGGAUUUUAAAUCCAUCGCCAUCCAUAGGUAUUCUGAUUUUGAAAUAACAACAAUAAAGUCUGUGUAUAAAGUUGGUGAUGAAGUAAAGAUUAAAGUCGUUAUCAGGGAUGGGUACAACAGAAGGAAACGUAAUGGAGGUGACUACGUCAGAAUGUGGAUCAAGGAUGUGGCAAAGGGAUCAUGUGCAAACGGAAUUGUCACGGACAACCAAAAUGGGACCUACACUGGAAUCAUAAAACUGCUUUUCGAGGGAAAAGUGAAGAUAACUGUUAGUUUGGCUUCUCCAAAAGAAACUCUCGAUGCUUUGUAUUCAAAUUUCAAUGGCAAACGAAUAAGAGAAAUAAAAGCCUUCUACAGCAAAAAUGGAAUUUGGGAAGAUACAAUUUGUGGACCAGAAAAACACGUUCGAGAAUAUGGUGCUGUUUGUAACUACACCUCAAAUAACUACGGCUUCCCCUGGUUCUGUGGUCAUCCAUCGUCAGAGGGGUUAUCAUGCAGUGACUGGAAUCUGACAAGCACAGUUAUGCCUGAGUUGAAUUACAAAGAUAUAUAUAAGAAGAUGUUCAGGUACAAUAGACUUCACAGGCAUCUACGAAGCAAGUCCAACUUAGAAAUCAUCGUCUCUGGAGGGGACUCACUGGUUACAAGGGAAGAUAAUCUUGCACCGUGUCACGACCUUCCCCUUCGCCUGACAUGGUCAUCUGAAUACCCUUCUGGUCAUUUUCUGAACUGGACAUGGCACGUUACACACUGCAGAAGCACCUUCCAAGACACCCCAAAGCGCUGGAAUGAAUGUCUCAAAUUCAGAACAAUGUGGCUAUUUGGAGAUUCCACCACCAGACAAUUCCUCUUCUACAUGAUAAAAUAUCUCGAUCUUCAGCUGGUGACAGAAAUGUGGAAAAAACAGUCGUGGCAUCAGCCCUCAUUAGCUAGACGUGAAUCACAUAAUUACUCCAUAUUUUGGGGACCUCACUGCUUUCCCUUCCACAAUGGCAAAGCCUGGGAGAAUCUGGGUGCAUUAAAAGCCACUCAUUCCUAUAUCGACGAAAUACCCAGCAGAUCACGAGAUAUCGUUGUUAUUCAUUUCUAUAUUCAUUUCAUGGCAUACCAUCCUGAUCUGUAUCGACUGCAUGUCCGAAGAACAAGCCAAUCUGUAGCUGAACUUAAGAAACGUGCCCCGGACACGCUUGUGUUCGUUAAAGGUUCUCAUGCUUUCUACGACCAAGGGGCUAUCAUAGGUAGGACGGAUGAUAUCUGGGGUGGCAUUUAUGACAAGAUAAUUGAGGAGGAGUUUACUAAGUUGAAGGAUAGCGUCAUAUUUCUGAAUAUGUGGGACAUGACAGUUGCAUCUGAGAAUGAGAUGCAGCAUCCAAAUAAAACCAUCAUUCGAGCCAUGGUGAAUUAUAUGAUGGGAUUUGUAAAAUGUUGAAAUAAAUUGGGAUAAUACUGAAUCAAUUUGGAAAUAUUUU